AUGACAGGCGCUACUGACACACGUCUAUCGACGGUCCGGGUACCGGACGACCAAUGGUUGUUUGCCAAAUCCGACCUAGAGCUGACACCAUCUGUGCUUCAGGGAGGAUUGGAUCCGGUCGAAGAAAAGCAGCGGCGCUACAAGGGCGUCAACGCGAUCUACAGAAUGGCCGAGUACAUGCGAUUGCCACAGCACGUCAUGAAUACGGCUGCUAUCUAUUUGCAUCGCUUCUACAUGCGUAAACCACUCGAGUAUGGACCAAGCAAGAUCGGACACUCGCACUACGAGAUUGCAGCCACCUGCGUUUUUCUGGCAUGCAAAGUGGAGGAAUCGCAUCGAAAGCUCCUCAGCGUUAUUGAUGCAGCCAUGGCAUCCUUCGACAAGACGCCUUCAGGAAAUCAACGCUGGGCGGAACGCACGUUCCGAGCCGAUCCUUCCAGCAAGGAGUUUGCUCGCUGGAGAGAUAUCAUACUACUUUCGGAAGAGACGGUGCUCGAAACAUUGUGUUUUGAUUUGAUUGUCGAACAACCGCACGAGAUUCUAGUAAAAGCAUGCAGUCGAUUGAAUGUCAAUGCUGAUGUGGUGCGCGUCGCAUGGACCACUCUUAACGACAGCUUGAGAGACGCAAUUUGCGUCAUAUUCGAGGCGCCUGUACUCGCUGCAGGAGCGUUCUAUCGAGCGUGCCAACAAUAUCAGGUGGAUCCGUCCAAGUUUGUGGCACAGUGGCCCAAAGAUGCAGAAGAUAGCCGGUGGACGUGGACCGACAUUUUCGACGUUGAUGAGGACGAAGCAGCCGAAGCAGCAGAAGCGAUCCAAAAGGACGUGUACGAUUUCAACGAGUCACAGGGGCAAUCAGGAUAG